AUCGAGAAAAAGAGAGAGAGAGAGGAAUGGCCGCUUCGACGUCGCUGACCGCCGCCCAGGCCCUAAUCGGCCGCGCCGUCGCCGGCGCCGGUCAGUCACCGGCCCACACGGACCGAUUGGCGCUCCCGACCGGCUUCGGACUCAGCGCCCUCGCUGGCCGAGCCUUGAAGACUUCGGCUCGGCAGCAGCAGCGUGUGGCUCGCCCACGUCGUGCUCCGAUGGUGCUGGCGGCGGCGGUGGAGACGCUGGAGGGGACUGCGGCUGCGGCUCCGCCGGCGCUUUUGGAGAAGUCGGUAAACACUAUCCGGUUCCUGGCGAUUGAUGCGGUGGAGAAGGCGAACUCUGGGCAUCCUGGGCUUCCUAUGGGAUGUGCUCCCAUGGGCCAUAUCCUCUACGAUGAGGUCAUGCGGUAUAAUCCCAAGAAUCCCUACUGGUUCAACAGGGAUCGCUUCGUCCUUUCGGCCGGCCAUGGGUGCAUGCUCCAAUACGCACUUCUUCAUCUCGCUGGGUACGAUAGCGUCAAGGAUGAAGAUCUGAAGUCUUUCAGGCAGUGGGGAAGUAGAACUCCCGGCCAUCCUGAGAACUUUGAGACACCUGGUGUUGAAGUUACAACGGGUCCACUUGGACAGGGUAUUGCAAAUGCUGUUGGAUUGGCCCUUGCUGAGAGGCACCUUGCUGCCCGUUUUAACAAGCCUGACAAUGAGAUCGUCGACCACUACACAUAUGUUAUACUUGGGGAUGGUUGCCAAAUGGAAGGGAUUUCAAAUGAAGUUUGUUCUAUUGCUGGACACUGGGGACUUGGAAAGUUGAUUGCUUUCUAUGAUGAUAACCAUAUAUCUAUUGAUGGAGACACCGAGAUUGCAUUUACUGAAGAUGUGAGUGCUCGGUUUGAAGGUCUUGGGUGGCACACUAUCUGGGUGAAGAAUGGUAACACUGGUUAUGAUGAUAUCCGUGCUGCAAUCAAGGAAGCAAAAGCUGUCACUGACAAGCCGACGCUAAUUAAGGUGACAACUACUAUUGGAUAUGGAUCACCGAACAAGGCAAACUCAUAUAGUGUUCAUGGGAGUGCAUUGGGUGCCAAGGAAGUCGAUGCAACUCGGCAGAACCUUGGAUGGCCUUAUGAGCCUUUCCAUGUACCUGAAGAUGUGAAGAGCCACUGGAGUCGGCAUAUCCCGCAUGGUGCUGCACUUGAGAAAGCAUGGAAUGCUAAGUUUGCAGAGUAUGAGAGGAAAUAUGCCGAAGAAGCUGCUGAGCUGAAGAGUAUCAUUACAGGAGAAUUGCCUGCCGGUUGGGCGGAGGCUCUUCCGAAAUAUACUCCUGAAAGUCCUGCUGAUGCUACAAGGAAUCUAUCUCAGCAAUGCCUGAAUGCACUUGCGAAAGUGAUCCCUGGUUUUCUUGGAGGCAGUGCGGAUCUCGCAUCAUCCAACAUGACACUAUUGAAAAUGUUCGGUGACUUCCAGAAGGCCACACCCGAGGAACGUAACCUCCGUUUUGGUGUAAGAGAACAUGGAAUGGGUGGCAUCUGCAACGGCAUUGCGCUUCACUGCCCAGGUCUUAUCCCCUAUUGUGCGACAUUCUUCGUCUUCACUGACUAUAUGAGAGCAGCUAUCAGAAUUUCAGCCUUGUGUGAGGCUGGAGUCAUCUAUGUGAUGACACAUGAUUCCAUCGGCCUUGGAGAAGACGGACCGACCCACCAGCCCAUUGAGCAUCUGAUUAGCUUCAGAGCAAUGCCCAACAUUCUGAUGCUCCGCCCUGCAGAUGGGAAUGAGACCGCCGGUGCCUACAAGGUUGCUGUGCUCAACCAAAAGAGGCCGUCAAUCCUUGCACUCUCCCGUCAGAAACUUCCUCAACUUGCAGGAACAUCGGUCGAAGGAGUUGAGAAGGGGGGAUACAUCAUCUCAGACAACUCAUCCGGCAACAAGCCAGACCUCAUUCUUUCUGCCACUGGUUCUGAGUUAGAAAUCGCUGCCAAGGCCGGGGAUGAGUUGAGGAAGGAAGGGAAAACAGUCAGGGUGGUCUCACUUGUUUCUUGGGAAUUGUUCGAGGAGCAAUCGGACGAUUACAAGGAGAGUGUCUUCCCUAGCGCCGUCACAGCAAGGGUCAGCAUCGAGGCAGGUUCAACGCUCGGCUGGGAGAAAUACAACGGAAGCAAAGGCAAGGCUAUCGGUAUUGACCGAUUCGGCGCCAGUGCUCCUGCUGGAAGGAUAUACAAGGAGUUUGGUCUCACCGUCGAAAACGUGAUUGCAACAGCCAAAGCUUUAUAGUGGUAUUGGUUGGUAUCAUUCAUUCACUUCCGGGUUUGAAUUGAAAUUUUACUUCCCUGAGCUUACUGCUCAGAGUACCAACUAUGAACUGGUAUAAGUGGCCAUUUUUCAAAAAAGUUUCAUUCAGUUUGGCCCUCAGAGUAAAAUAAAGACUCAUGUUCUCUUCCUCUUUUGUUUUUAUGAUUCAUGGAUUGAAUGCCAUGAGAAUUAUCAAGAUGCUUGCUUGUGGAACUCUGAGUUUUCUCAUUUCCUUUUCUGUACUUUUUUUUGCUCAAGUUCUUGAAUGAGUAUUGGAAAUUUUCAGUAUA